AUGUUACCCAAAGAAAGUCUAACACCAACACACACCAAUGAAUUGUCAGACAUUAAACCUGGAUGCUCAAAACGGCAUCGACGGUGGUAUCACAAGAGUCGACAUUGCUCUAGAGGAGGACAUGUUGACCCUUCUAGCAACAUUAACGAUGCUCUGACAAGAAAUCAGAGAGAAGCUUUACCCAAUACUUCCGGAUCAGCGGUUUAUUUUGCACAGAGUGGUAGUCACACGGAGUCUGGGGACGUUACGGCCAACCCUGGCCCUUAUUUCAACAAUCAAAAGACAAAAAAAUCUGAUGAUAAGCCACAAGACGCUACAUCAAUGGCUCAGCGAGGAUCCUUUCAUUGUCAUCAGAGGCCAAAGCGCCACAAACACGCUACGAGAGUAGCGCUGCGUGUGCAAUUGGACAACCUUGAUAAUUUACCCCCUCGCGCUCGGGAAUUGACACAACAGCUCAUCGAUAACACUUACGAAUGUUUAAGCUGUCUCGAAUUGAUUAAGAUUGAUGAUGCUAUCUGGUGCUGUUCUUGCUGCUUUAAUAUGUGUCACUUGCGGUGCAUCCAGCGGUGGGCAUGUAAAGGAGCUAGCAGCUCUCGUCUUGAUGAAGCCUACAGUUCAUAUUGCUGCCCACAAUGUCGGACAGAGUACACAGAGUCAGUAAAACAGUACAAAUGUUUUUGUAAAAGGAUGAUAAACCCACCUUACGAUCCCUUUGUUAUUCCGCACAGCUGUGGCAGCAUUUGUGGGAAGGCACGGAAGAACGGUUGCCCGCAUCCGUGCGCACUGCAAUGCCACCCGGGGCCGUGUUCCGAGUGCCAUGUUACUAUAGGGCCUCUAGCUUGUCCGUGUGGCUCGAUAACGUACAGCUACCGAUGUGGCGAGCCGAUUCCUCAUGUGACCUGUGACAAUUUUUGUGGGAAGGUCCUCAGCUGUAAUAAGCACCACUGUGAGCGUACUUGCCACAUUGGGGAAUGUGGAGACUGCACUAAACUCAUUACAGUCACAUGUCCAUGCGGCAAAGAAACAGGAGAGGUGCAGUGCAGCUCAGCUGUCUUCUUGUGUGGCAAGUCGUGUGGAAAGCCUUUGACAUGUGGAAAUCACAAUUGUACUUUGGAUUGUCAUGCUGGAGACUGCCCACCUUGCGAGGAGGACCCAUCUAUUGUUCAGACGUGUCCGUGCGGGGCGGCACCGCUGUCACAGGUACGGCAGUCAUGCUUGGAUCCCAUUCCGAGAUGUGGGCGAAUUUGUAGCAAGACGCUAAAAUGUGGGCUUCACAACUGUACCAAGGAGUGCCAUACAGGCCCAUGUAUGCCCUGUGUGGCGCGGUUGGAGACUUCUUGUCGCUGUCGUCAAAUUCGAAAGCUGGUAAACUGUACGGAGGCCGAUAACUUUCAGUGCACAAGAGCCUGCGGUACUCGACUUUCCUGCGGUAGACACUAUUGCAAGGUUGUUUGCUGUCCACAUCGAAAUAAGACGAACGUUUCGCAGCAUGAAUGUCGUCUCGCGUGCGGGCGUAAACUCAAAUGUGGCCACACUUGUUCUGAGCCUUGUCACCGCGGGGCGUGCCCGUCCUGUGUUUACUUCAUAACAGAGCCACUGUAUUGCCGUUGUGGGCGGACGAUGCUGAUGCCCCCCCAGCCGUGUGACGCAAAGCCUCCUGAUUGUCCGCAUUUGUGCGAGGUAAGGCCGGCGUGUGGUCAUCCGCCUGUCCCGCAUCGGUGUCACUACGGGGACUGUCCUGUCUGCACUUACUUGGUCUCGAAGAAAUGUGUGGGAGGACACAUGGUAGUCGAGAACACACCCUGUUGGCAACCCAAUGUCACAUGCCCGCAGAAGUGCCGUAAGUUACAUCCUCUCUGUAGGCACCCCUGCUUGCGGCCAUGCCAUGGUGGACCCUGUAUGGAUGAGCAGCACCCUUGCACUCACACCUGCAUAAACGUCCACCAAGAAUGCGGCCAUGCCUGUGAGCGCCCUUGUCACGUGGGAUCUGAGUGCCCACCUUGUCAACACUUGAUGACACGUACCUGUGAGUGUGGACGAAUCCGUCGUCGUGUCCCAUGCGUGCAGUUUCGUGCACAAAUUGAGCGACAUCGACAAAAACACCUUGUUGAGCCAUUUGAAAUACCAUGUGACAAAGACUGCUUAUACGAAGCUCGACUUACUAUCCUCUCGGCUCUCGCCAAGGGUGCUACGCACACUUCUUCCCUGUCUCCCGAGACACCGUCGUCCCUCCUAAAGAGUAGUGGUUGUGAUCCUCUGAUCCCUUUCUUUUAUUCUAUUCAACUGUGGGAGCACAUUUCUGAGAAGGGUGUGGCUGUGGUAGAGCAAAUAGAAAAACAGCUUAAAAAUUUUCUCGCAGGGUCGGAGUCACUUGUUUCGCUUCCCCCGGCGCAUCCUGAGAAGCGCAUGCUUAUUCAUUCCAUCGCGGCAUUCUACAAGGUCGAGGUAGAAAGCGUGGACCACGGCCGACAUCGAUCCUGUUUAUUGAAGCGGAAUCCGUUGAGCCACAUGCCACCGAUACUUUUGAGUGAGGCGAUCAAAUCCCCUGAAUUAUACGACCCACGAUUGUUUUUUUGGGCAGUUGUGGAGUCCUCCAGGACGGGGUCUGUACCAUUAACUUCCGCCUCUUUCAAAGCACCUUGGGAGACGAACGGUUCCGACAGCAGAAUGGCAGACGAGGACCACUUACAACGAAUGUCCAUUAAGGGUUCCACAAAGGGGAAAUCUUUGCUACCACAGUUAGGUAUAUAUGUCUUUGGCGAGGCGGUAAAUGAGCGAACCUUGAUGCAAUUGCUUUCCCCUGAGCUUGUUGGGUCUUUUGUUUUUGGCUCUUUCGAGGAGUGUGACGACCGAAACAAGGCACUCCUCGUCUUUACAUCACCCACAAAGCAGCAAGAAGGGUGUAGGGUAUUUCGGCAAAAAGCAGCACCAUUCCAAUUUUGGGUUCCGAUUCAGUGA